AUGGUUCAACAACAGGCUACAGUGCUCUGUUUGACACCAGUUGUAUCCCGAGACGAGGGACCUCGGGCACAGUCCUACCGGCUUCAGCUUUGCGGUCUCAGCCAACCCCCCAUGGUAGCGGUAGGCGCGAGACGCCUCGUUCCUGCUGCCGCUGACCAUAGCUUCGCUUCCAUCUCCCCAACGGCCCUCAUGCGCAUUUGCGUUGCAUUGCAUAUGCAUUUGCCUGUUCUCGGAAGACGGGGUAUACCAUACCAAGUAGUGGCGAUGAGCGAUUGUACCCUCCAUGCUACUACUGCAUUGCCAGAAGGGUAUCAAGAUGCAGGUGGUGGCAAUUGGCUCAACUUUGGAACUUGCAUUGGCGUUCUGGUCUUUGCUGGUGCUUCAAGAACUACUUGGGGUCUCCACCUCCUAGGCUCUCCUACUCUCUGGCCUACGGUUGUCCGCUCAAGGAGACAGAGGGUCUCAAAUAAGCGGUCGCUCUUCACGGGCCUGCACUGCAUCCGUAGAAUGCGAAAAGUGGAAGGCUGA